AGGGACGGGACAGGGACAGGGACGGGUGCGGCACCGCCACCGCGGUCCGACGGGACUCGCCGCCCCCGCCACGGGCACCGCCCGCGUCCCGCCGCCCGGCCGCGCGCCGUCAUCCCGGUGCGGCAUCGCUGAACCCCCCGCCCACCGGGGAGGCCUCGGACGGAGCAGCACCGGGAGCGGUACUGGGAACAGGCGCUGCUGCGGCUCCCCGAGGACCGGGACGGGGCCGGUGCCAUGAAGGAGGACCGUCAGCAUCCCAUCGAGCUGGGUUACGCCGUCACCAAACCCGACAUCCUGGCCGAGGUGGAGCGAGGGGACGAGGUGGUGGAGGUGGCCGUGGGGCACUACGGGGAGCACCAGAGCCCCCGGCCACGUGCGGCGCCCGCCGGCCCCUCCCAGGGUGAGCGGGACAUGGGGACAGGGGACUGGCUGGGGAAGGAGGUGAAGACUGAGGAGGGGGUGUCCCCACCCCCCUGCUCCCCCCCGGCCCACCACACGGGCCCCGCCGAAUUCCUCACCCCGCUGCAGGAGCGGGGCUGCAGCUACUGCGGCGUCGCCGAGCCGGAGCCGAAUCCCGCUGCGGGUACUGGGAGGUUCAUCACCUCCCUCCCCGCCUUCGAGAGCCGCCGCUGCCGGGCGGGGGAGCCGCCGCUGGAGUGCCCCGAGUGCGGCCGAGGCGUCGGGCAGAAGCCGGACCUGGUGCGGCACCGGCUGGCACGCGGCGUGGAGCGUGGCUACGGCUGCGGCCACUGCGGGAGGGGCCUCGCCGAGCCGGCGGGGCUGCGGGCCACGGGCAGCACCCACCGCCCCGGCCCCUGUGCCGGCCGCGCCCCGGGCACGGCCGAGGGGGCUGCGGCAGCACCGCGCAAGGAGCGCAAGGAGCUGUCGCUGACGGAGAAGGUGCGGGUGCUGGAGAUGCUGGAGGGACCCAAGGUGUCGCAGAGCGAGCUGGCCAAGCGCUUCGGGGUGUCGCAGCCCCAGAUCUGCCGCAUCAUCAAGAACAAGGAGCGCAUCCUGAGCGAGUGGCAGCGCAGCGGAGACCCCGAGCGCAAGCGCAAGCGGGAGGGCAAGGACGCGGCGCUCGAGGCCGCGCUGCUGCGCUGGGUGGAGGGCGCCCGCACCGCUGACCUGCCCGUGGGCCGCCCGCUGCUCCAGCUCAGGGCCAGGCACGUGGCAGGGGCGCUGGGCCGGCCCGGCCCCGAGCCCGGCGGCGGGUGGCUGGCGCGCGUCGCGGCCUUCAAGAAGCCGCCGGCAGAGAAAGGGGACGCGGAGCAGCCGCCGGCGGAGCACUGGGCCGGCGCGGUGCUGCCCGCGCUCCUCCGCGGCUACGCGCCCUCCGAGAUCUUCUCCUGCGGUGAGGCCGCGGUGCCGCUCCCGGCCGGCUGCCCCGGCGAGCGGCUCACGCUGCUGCUCUGCGCCAACGCCAGCGGCUCCGAGAAGGUGCCGCUGCGGGCGCUGGGGGAGAGCCCCCGGCCGCGCUGCCUGCGCGGUGUCAACCUGGAGCAGAUGCCGUGGAGUUACCGCGCCGGCAGCCUGGGCGGCCUGACCGCGCCGCUCUUCGCCGAGUGGCUGCGGGAGUUCAACGAGGGGAUGCGGCGGCAGGGGAAGAGCAUCCUCCUGCUCCUCACCAAGCACGAGGCGCACCCCUACCUCCAGCUGUCCAACGUCAGGAUGGUCUUCGUCCCUCCGGCCGCCGCCCUGGCACAGCCCCUGGACCGCGGCAUCGCCGGCGACCUCAAAGGCCACUACCGGCGCCGGCUGCUGCGGUGGCUGCCGGCGGAGCGCGGUGCGGGGCAGCCCACCCUGCUGGAUGUGCUGUACAUGCUGGCGCAGGCCUGGGGCGACGUGUCCCCGGGGCUCAUCGCCAGCUGCUUCCGUGCCGCCAGCUUCGUCCCUGACACCGGCGCCGAGGCCACAUCCCUCAGCCUGGCACACGGGCUGCUCGGCCGGGAGCAGCUGGAGCGCGGCGGGGAGCUGGUGGAGGCGGACGGGGACGAGGGGAUGGUGGAGGGCGAGGACGCGGCAGAGCUGGCGGCUGUGCCGCCCUGCCCCUCGGAGCGGGAGGUCUGGAGGAGCCUGGCCACGCUGCGGCGGUACCUGGAGUGCCAGGCCACCUCGCCGGACCUCUUCCAGGCCUUCUACGAGCUGGAGGACGCGGUGCACAUGGUGUCGGCCGGCGCCGGGCGAGCCCUUCAUGGGGACACCCCUCCCAAGCAGUGAGGGGGGCGGCCGGCACGUGCCCAGACCCGCUCAUGCCCGGUGCUCACCGGGGCCGUCACCGGCCCGGCCUGGCCACCAUCCCCUGCCGUUGUGCCGUGGGGUUUGCUGUGGAUCUGUGUGGCCCCAUGGGGUCACCGUGCACGAGGGCUGUGGAGCCACCGUGCUCUGGGUGUCACCCAUGGGGCAGUGCCAGGGGCACAAACCUGCUUCCAGAACCUUCUCCAGAGGGCUGGCUGCUGCAGCCAAAGGGAGCCGGCGUGGAGCUGCUGCCGGCGGGGAUUUGCCUUGAGUGGGGUAGUUGUGUUUGCCUUGGGGGGCUGUGGGUGGUGCUGGGGUGUCCCCGUGCCAGGGACAAUGGCUCUUUCCCAGGGGAGACCGGGUGCCACCGGCUGCUGUCACCACGUGGUGCCUGGAGGUUUGUAACAGGCAUUAAAAGGUUGGAAUUCAGCUGGUG